AUGGCGCUGUGUGCGUCGGCUCCGCGGACACAAUGGAUGGCGGCUCUCUGGCUGCUUGCGGCGCUGUGGGGACGCGCGGCCGCCAUCACCCGCUACUCCAUCCCGGAGGAGAUGGCGGCGGGCUCGGUGGUCGCUAACCUGGCCACGGAUCUCGGACUGGAGGUCCGCAGCCUGAAGGAGCGGGCGGCGAAGCUCGACGUGAUCCAGAGCAAGAACUACCUCGACAUCAACAAAGAGACGGGAGACCUGGUGAUCCGCGAGAAGAUCGACCGCGAGAGCAUCUGCAUGAGUAAGACCGCCUCGUGCUUCCUGAAGAUGGACGUGGUCCUGGAGAACCCAAUCCGGAUCUUCAACAUCGAGCUGGAGAUCAUGGACAUCAACGACAACGCGCCGGUGUUCCGGAGGAAGACGAUGCACCUGGACAUCUCCGAGGCGGCCGCUCCCGGCGAGAGAUUCUCUCUCACGAACGCCGUGGAUGCGGACGUGGGCGCGAACUCCAUCAAGACCUACUUCCUUAGCGAGAGCGACUCGUUCAGCAUCGACAUACAGACCGGCAGCGACGGGUCGAAAUACGUCGACCUGGUUCUCAACAGCGAUUUGGACAGAGAACAACGCGGUCUCCAGACGUUGAUCCUGACGGCGGUGGACGGUGGCGUUCCCGCCCGCUCCGGGACGGCCAGCAUCGUCAUUAACGUUCUCGAUAUCAACGACAACGCCCCCGUGUUCAAUCAGUCUGUAUACACCGUCAAUGUCACGGAGAACGCGUCGCUCGGCUCGGUCGUGAUGACUUUGAACGCGACGGAUCAGGACGAAGGUAAGAACGCCGAGUUGUUGUACUCCUACACGCUUUACACGUCCGAGAAGACCCAGGAGAUCUUCUCUCUAGACCCCAACACCGGCGAGAUCAAAGUGAAGGGGCCCAUCGACUAUGAGGAGAUCCAAAGUUUUGAGAUGUACAUCCAGGCCCACGAUAAGGGCUCCACGCCGCUGUCGGGCCAGUGUAAGGUCACACUGUACGUGGUGGACCUCAACGACAACUAUCCCGUGGUCACCAUCAAGUCCCUGAAGACGCGGGUCCCGGAGGACGUCCCCGUGGGGACGCUGAUCGCCGUGGUGAGCGUCAGCGACAAGGACUCGGGCGCCAACGGUGAGGUGGAGAUCUCCCUGAACCAUGCCGCCCGGCUGCCCUUCGUCCUCAACAAGUCCUCCGAGGACUACCUGGAGCUGCUGGUGUCCCAGCCCCUGGACCGCGAGACCACCAGCCGCUACGAGAUCACGCUGAGGGUCCGGGACCGCGGCUCCCCCCCGCUGGGCGAGAACGAGACCCUCAUCCUGGAGGUGCUUGACAUCAACGACAACGCGCCCGCCUUCCCGCAGUCGUCCUACACCAUCCACGUGGCGGAGAACAACGCCCUGGGCGCGCUGCUCACCUCGCUGAGCGCCUACGACCCGGACCUCAACGAGAACCAGUACCUGGUGUACUUCAUCAUGGAGAAGGAGGUGGCCAACACCUCCAUGUCCAUGCUGUUCUCCAUCAACCCCGAGAACGGGAACCUCUACGCCCUGAAGACCUUCGACUACGAGAUCGAGCGGGACUUCCUGUUCCACGUGGAGGCGCGGGACUCGGGCAGCCCGCCGCUUAGCGCCAACGUGACGGUGCGCGUAGUGGUGCAGGACCAGAACGACAACGCCCCGGUCAUCGUGGCGCCGUGGCGGCCCCAGGGCUCGGUGGUGGAGGAGGUCAUCCCCCGCUCGGCCGACAAGGGCCACCUGAUCGCCAAGGUGAUCGCCAUCGACGCCGACGCGGAGCAGAACGCCCGCGUCACCUACCAGGUGCUGCAGAUGAGCGACGCCUCGCUGUUCAGCCUGGACCAGUACAACGGCGAGAUCCGCACCGCGCGCAUGUUCAGCUACCGCGACCCGCGCCAGCAGCGGCUGGUCAUCGUCGCCAAGGACAACGGGGAGCCGCCGCUGUCGGCCACGGUGACGGUGAAGAUCGCCACGGUGGAGAACGCCCUGCCCUUCUCCGAGGCCACGGAGGUGCCCAUCGAGUACGACGUGUUCACCGACCUCAACCUGUACCUGGUCAUCGGCCUGGGCGCCGUCUCCUUCCUGCUGCUCAUCACCAUCCUGGUCAUCAUCGUGCUCAAGUGCCAGAAGCCCAAGCCCAAGCCGCUGAAGAUGCCGCCGCCCAACCGCAACAGCGUCAUCAGCCGCAACAGCAUCAUCAGCCAGCGCAGCUCCACCAUCGCCGACUCCACGCUCAUCUCCAGCGACGCCUACUGGUACAGCCUCUUCCUGGCCGAGACGCGCAAGGGCAACGUGGUGGUGCGGCAGCCCAUCGUCCCCAAGGGCGCCGGCUACUUCGUGUCCAGCAUACCCCGGAGCAUCGGCCCGUCGGAGAUCAGCGACUCGCGGGCCUCCACCCUCGAGGUAAGCCGCCUACGUCAGGUGGGGGGGGGGACGUAA